UCUCCUAACAAAAAGGAGUGAGGAUCCGAUCCGUUUCACAAAAUGGAGCUAUCACUCUCCGCGCCACCCAGUAUUCCAACCUCUUCACCUACGCCACUAAAACGGCGGGUUACCUUCGCGGUUUCUCGUCCGAAUCUCACACCCGCUCCGCCGUCUCACCGGCCAUCACUUUCUUCACUAAAACCAAACCACCUCCACCGCUUAAAGCUCAAAGCCAUGGACUCUCAGAGAGCAGCUCCGCCGCGCGCCUCCCUGGCCGAAAACAACGGCUCCACUCUCACCGAUACCCCAACCCCAAUUAACUCAGGGGCUCGAAUUGGGGAGGUUAAGAGGGUGACUAAAGAGACCAAUGUCUCGGUCAAGAUCAACCUGGACGGCACUGGAAUCGCUGAAUCCAGUACUAGGAUUCCGUUUCUUGAUCAUAUGUUGGAUCAACUUGCUUCGCACGGGUUGCUGGAUGUGCAUGUAAAGGCUACUGGUGACAUCCACAUUGAUGAUCAUCACACAAAUGAAGAUGUUGCUCUUGCUAUAGGAACGGCUUUGCUUCAAGCACUUGGCGAUAGAAAAGGAAUCAACAGGUUUGGUGACUUCUCUGCUCCACUUGAUGAAGCACUCAUACAUGUUUCACUGGAUUUAUCUGGCCGGCCACAUUUGAGUUAUGAUCUCCAGAUACCCACCGAGAGGGUUGGCACAUAUGACACUCAGCUGGUGGAACAUUUUUUCCAGUCUUUGGUGAAUACUUCUGGUAUGACACUCCACAUCCGGCAGCUUGCUGGAAGAAAUUCUCACCAUAUUAUUGAGGCAACCUUCAAAGCAUUUGCAAGGGCUCUCAGACAAGCAACAGAAUCUGACCCACGUCGCCUGGGGACCGUGCCAAGUUCGAAAGGUGUCUUGUCACGCUCUUGAUGCUUCAUAUCCCGUCUUCCAUGUUAAGCCGCAAGCAAAAAGAUCAUCAGAUUUACCAGAGUGUCAAUGGUUCCGGUGACGGAUGCCACGUUGUUGGUCUAUGUCUACAUGGCAGAUCGUUGUUGUAUAUGUAACAUUAUAAUUGGAAUAAACUUUUCCGUGUUGUUGAUUCUAUGUAGGAACAAAACCAAAGAUUUUGAUUUAUUAAGAGUUUAGUUUGUUCCGAAA